CGCCUCCAUGAUGGACGUCAGCUGGGCGUGAAACGCCUUGUAGCCCGUCAUGUCGGGACGGCGGGACCCGGAACACCGGGGGGGGGCUGCGUGCUCCCGGUACACCGGUGAACUUACCACAGUACGUGAACGCAGCACGAGGUCGGUUUCUACGGCAACGCCUGACAACAGAGAGGAAGAUGGUUUACAUCACAGAGGACCUGGUCCGCAAGCGGGCCGAGCACAACGAGGGCCAGAUCUUCUCCCUGGAGGAGGUUUCUCUGCACCAGCAGGACAUCGAGAGGAUGGAGCACAUCGACAGGUGGUGCAGAGACCUGAGGAUCCUCUACCUGCAGAGCAACCUCAUCCCCAGGAUCGAGAACGUCGGGCGCCUGAAGAAGCUGCAGUAUUUGAACCUGGCCUUGAACAACAUUGAAGUCAUUGAAAACCUUGAAGGCUGCGAGAACCUGCAGAAACUGGACCUGACGGUGAACUUCGUGGGCCGCCUGAGCAGCGUGGAGUCUCUGCAGCACAACGUGCACCUCACAGAGCUCUUCCUCACCGGGAACCCCUGCUCUCAGUUUGAGGGCUACCGGCAGUACGUGGUGGCCGCGCUGCCCCGACUGCAGUGGCUGGACGGGACGGAGAUCAGCCGGUCGGAGCGGCUUCGGGCCUCCCAGCGGCUGGAGGAGGUGAGGAGGCGAGUGUGGGAGCAGGAGGAGGAGCACCUGAGGAGGAGAGCCAGGGAGAAGGAGGAGGAGAGGAGGAAGAAAGGAGGCUGCUGGCCAGCGCCUGAGGAGAACCGGGAGGCCAACAAGGAGGAGAACCAGGAAGAGGAGGAGGAGAACCGGGAGGAGAACCAGGAAGAGAAGGAGGAGAACCGGAAGGCGGAGGAGAACCCAGCGCCCAACGACCCGGAGGAGGAGGAGCGGUUGGAGAAGGAGUUCUGGCACACGCCGUGCGCAUUCACGCCCGAGUCCCGGCUGGAGACGCACCGCCACCUGGAGGAGAAGAAGAAGGCCAAGGAGAGGCAGACGGAGAAGAAGCCGGCGUCCCUCCCGAGGACGCUGAUCACCGCUGAUGGACGAGUCCUGAACACCAACGAGCCAAAGCUGGACUUCUGUUUCUCUGAGGAUGAAGAACAUAACUCCAUCGUGUUGACCCUGGAGGUCUACAGACACAUGGACACCUCCCUGAUGGACGUGGAUGUCCAGCCAACCUACGCCAGAGUCAAAGUCAAAGGAAAGAUAUUUCAGGUGGUCCUGCCGGCCGAAGUGAAGCCCGACAGCUCGACGGCUCGGAGGUCCCAAACCACGGGACACCUGGUCCUCAGCAUGCCGAGGGCUUCAGGCGAAAUCAAAGUGGCGAAGAGCGUCCCCCGCCGGACGCCACGCAGCAGCAUCUCGCCCGGGCGCCGCAGCAGAAACACCAACAUGUCUCCAUCACGUCCAUCCAGGGAUUCCACAAAAGACACCUUUUCCGUCCCUCUGGGACAUCAAGCACACAUGGACCUCCCCUCCGCGAGGUCACCUGGGAGGAGUCAUGUGAUAUGACAUUCCUCACGCAUCGGCCUCACUGCACACGUUUAAAGCGGCGACGUCAGCGUCGUCUGACUAAACUCCGCCUCCGGGUCCCACGCCGAUGAGACGAUCAGGGUGUCCUGCUGGGAGGCAGAUGGGUUCAUGCAGCUCCGGUCCUGAUGGUGUUCUGACCCUGCUUCUGAUUGGCUGUCAGGGAAUCGUUACGUUACAUGUCAUUUAGCUUCAGUCAUACAAGAAGACGCCUCUAACUGGAGUCUCUCCCCCGUGUCCGAACAGAACAGAACCCCAGAGGCUGGAGGCGGAGCCCAGCAGGCACACGCACAUCGACCUCGCCAACAUCGUGCGCCGCCACAGCGCCCAAGAAGGCCCG